ACAUUCUCAUGAAGCAAUGGCAGGGAAUCAUGCUGUGCUUAAUCAAGGAGAGGAGAAUGAAAUGGAAAUAUUUGGAUUCAAAUCAGAGAGGUGGAGGAAAGUUCUGUGUCUUCUGGGUUACAUGUUUUCUAUAGGACUCCUUAAGUUACUCUUUUAUUGGAAGCCAGAGCUGGAUGUUUGGUGUCACUGUGUUCCAUGCAAUUUAGCAGAUGCUGAUACAAUCUUGCUACGAACAACUGGAGAACUUAAAGACUACAUAAAGAAGUUGGUCAUCCAGGUCAGACUUAACAGAACAAUGAAACCUGGGUAUCCAGUUAUUAGUGAUGAAAAUUCAAUUAUAAGCAGAUCCAUAAUGGAGCCAGAAGGGAAGGUGAGAUACAUUCAAGUACAAAAAAUUCGUUAUGUCUGGAUCCCUUCUGAGAGCAAGUUUGUGAAAACUGGUAUUCUGGAGGAAAGCCUCUCUUGCUCAGACAUACACUCAAAAUACGGUUUUGGCCUAAGUAAAGAAGAACAGGAACUCAGGCGACAAAUCUGUGGACUAAACACAAUUACAGUGAAGAUCAUCCCUGUGUGGAAACUACUGUCAAAAGAGGUUUUCAACCCGUUCUAUGUAUUUCAAGCCUACUCUUUAAGUAUAUGGAUAGCUACAUCAUAUAUUGAAUAUAGCUUAGCUAUUUUAUUUAUGACCAUCAUGUCCAUUUCUGCCACAGUAUAUAAUUUAAGAAAGCAAUCAGUCAAGCUGCACAGAAUGUCAACAUCCUACAACAGCAUUUUGGUUUCGGUGCUUCAUAAAAAUGGAGAACUUGAAGAAGUACAGUCUCAGUCUUUGGUUCCAGGGGAUGUCAUUGCUUUAGGUGGAAACAAGCUUUUCUUACCAUGUGACGCCAUUUUAAUCAGUGGAGGGUGCACUGUGAAUGAGGCAAUGUUAACUGGUGAAAGUAUUCCUGUGACAAAGACACCACUCCCAAACAUUAACAACUCUAUUCCAUGGAUGACAUACAGUGGUGAUGACUACAAAAAACAUGUUCUUUACUGUGGAACUGAGGUCAUACAGACUAAAAGAAGCAGUCAGGAUCUUGUAAAAGCUGUUGUCCUGCAAACUGGAUUCAACACUGCAAAGGGAGAUCUAGUAAGAGCCAUUCUAUAUAACAAACCGAUGAAUGUUAAACUGCAUAGCGAGGCCAUUAGGUUUCUCAUGUUUCUUGUGGUUUUUGCGAUAUUUGGAGUUAUCUAUACUGCAGUUGUGCACAAAAAGAAUGGGGCCAGUGUCCAUGACAUUGUAUUAAUGUCAUUUCUAAUGCUGACAGUGGCAGUGAACGCAGCACUUCCAGCAUCUCUUACACUUUGUCUUCUAUAUGGUCAAACAAGGCUGAAAAAACUGGGAAUCUUCUGUAUCAGUCCUCAAAGGAUCAACUUAGCUGGGCAGCUGAAUCUUGUAUGUUUUGAUAAGACUGGUACAUUGACAGAAGACAUCUUGGAUUUGUAUGCUGUUCUUCCUUGUGAGAAAAGCUGUUUUCAGGAUAUUAUGUUUUUUGCUUCCUCUAAUAAUAUGUAUUGGUGCCCAAUACUACAAGCAAUGACAAGUUGUCACUCACUCAUCACUUUGGAUGGAAAGUUACAGGGAGAUCCAUUGGACUUGAAGAUGUUUGAAGGAACAGGUUGGGAACUUGAAGAUUUUAUUGUGGAAAUCAAAGAAAAUGGUCCAACAAAUAGCCAUACAAUGGUGAAACCUGGACCUUCUGCUGCAAAGGCACCAGUGGAAGGAAUCCUUAUUCUGCACCAGUUCCCAUUUUCCUCCAGUUUACAGCGCAUGUCUGUAAUUACUCAGGUUCUUGGAGAGAGUAACCUGACAGUGUUCAUGAAGGGGGCACCUGAAAUGGUCGUUCACUUUUGCAAACCAGAAACAGUCCCAAAGAGCUUCUCCAUGAAACUUGAUGACUACACUGCACAAGGCUUUCGAGUAAUUGGACUAGCAUAUCGAUCACUGCAAAAAGAAGGUCUACCAAAGUCUUUUAACAUAGAGAGGGAAGUCGUGGAGUGUGACCUCACAUUUCUUGGCUUAUUGCUCCUGGAAAAUCAACUUAAACCAGAAACCACUUCAGUGCUAGACGAACUCCGGGAAGCUAAUAUUAGGAGUGUAAUGGUCACAGGUGAUAACCUUCAGACAGCUGUGACAGUGGGUAAAAAAUCGGGAAUGAUUCCUUCCAACAGUAACAUAAUUAUGUUGGAGGCCUGUGAUCCUGAGAAAGAUUUACCCGCUUCAGUUACUUGGAAAUGUUUGACUGAAAUUCAAGCAAAUGGAAACCACAACGAUAAAUCACAAAUUAAUGUUGGGGAAAGAUUGGAACAUUUUCACUUUGCAAUGAAUGGAAAGUCCUAUCAAGUUUUAACUCAACAUUUUUCAAAUUUGCUUCCAAAAAUCCUAUUAAAUGGAACUAUUUUUGCAAGAAUGACUCCAAAGCAAAAAUCAAGUCUUAUUGAAGAGCUCCAAAAAUUAGACUACUUUGUCGGUAUGUGUGGAGAUGGUGCCAAUGACUGUGGGGCACUUAAAAUGGCUCAUGCUGGAAUUUCAUUGUCUGAAUUAGAAGCGUCUGUUGCAUCUCCAUUUACUUCUAAAAUUCCAAAUAUUGAAUGUGUUCCAUUGCUCAUCAAGGAAGGUCGUAAUACUCUUGUUACAUCAUUCUCCAUCUUCAAAUUCUUGACUAUGUUUCAAUUCAUUGCAAUCAUUUGCGUAUUAUUCCUUUUUUGGGUAUGUUUUCUGCUUUUCUUUUUUUUACCUAUAUUCACCACCGGUGUCAUGUAAAGCUAUGCUAAUAUUUGUCUCACAACUAAAACAGCAGCAUUUUUCAUUAUUAGGUAAAAUGUUAUAUACAGGGAAAUAAAGAGCA